UCAAUGAUUGAUUGUUAAUCCCGAUUAUCACAUUCGCAGUUUCGCUGUCUCGUUCCCGGUGUUUUAACUUCAGUUUCAGGUGUUUCUGCUCUUAUGGCGACACUCGUUUACAGUCAAACUGGACUCUUAAUAUCCAGCGUCUUCAGAAGAGCUGUAAUACAGAGACGAUUCUACGGUAUGUCUGUCUCCGGUAAGAUGUCCGUGAAUGGAGUGGAUCUGCACUAUCAGCGCGCUGGAGACGGAAAACACGCUGUGCUGCUGCUGCCUGGAGCUUUAGGAAGUGCUCAGACUGAUUUUGGCCCACAGCUUGAGAAGCUGGAUAAGAGGCAGUUUACGCUGGUGGCGUGGGACCCACGGGGUUACGGACGCUCACGUCCUCCAGACAGAGAUUUUCCUGCUGAUUUCUUCCACAGAGAUGCGAAGGAUGCACUGGACUUAAUGCAAGCUCUGGGUUUCAGGCGUUUCUCUCUGUUAGGCUGGAGUGACGGCGGCAUCACUGCUCUGAUCGCGGCUGCGUUAAACCCCAAACUCAUUGACAAGAUGGUGGUUUGGGGCUCCAACGCUUACGUGUCUGAAGAAGAUGUUCAGAUCUAUCAGGCGAUCCGUGACGUCUCGUUGUGGAGUGAGCGGAUGCGACGGCCGAUGGAGGAGAUGUACGGCGCUCAGUACUUCCGUCAGACGUGGGAGAGAUGGGUAGACGGGAUCAGCCAGUUUACACGCAACCCGCAGGGGAACAUCUGUAUGGAAGUGCUGCAGCUGAUUUCCUGUCCCACGCUGAUCGUCCACGGGGCCAAAGAUCCCAUGGUGCCCUCAUGUCACCCAGAAUACCUUCAGCAGAACAUCAAGGGCUCGAGGCUGUACGUGAUCCCGGAGGGGAAGCAUAAUGUGCACCUGCGAUAUUCCACUGAGUUUAACACACUGGUGGAGGAAUUUCUGACUCGAUGAGAAGAUCACGACCUCCAGAGGUUUGGUGUCCAGAUACUGAGGAAAACGAGGAAGUGGACUAUGAAAUAGUGUUAUUUUCGCAAAACUAUCGAAAACAAUGAUGAAAUUUUUUUUCUUUUCCUGUGACUAAGACGAGAAGACAAUAAGGUCAUUAAACGAUAACUGUGACUAUAUCAACAUGCAACAUCAUUGAAGAAAAAUGACGAGACUAAAAUGUAGUUGAAAAAAUAAAACCUUUGCCAAAAU